AUUCCUUUGCAAGUUCUAUCGGUGUAGAAAGCUCGCUUUUAUCAACUAACAAACUUUCAAUCUAAUCUAUUGUGAAAUUAUUUCAAAAAUCCUAAACAGAGUGAAGCAGUGUGUGAAAUUAGCUCAGAAACAGCAAGAAACAGUGUUCUUGACAGUCGAGUGAGAACAAUGGGGUCGAGCAUUCGGCCUUUAUCGUCAUGGCUGUCAUUGGCACUAGCGUUAGUCGCUUUAGUUGCUACUCUGGCUGCUGUGAGCCAAGGCGUCGAAAUACCGACGAUUUAUUUGGAUGCGUCUUCAACCUACUGCGAGAUCCACGUGAUCCCCAGAGGUUAUGAUUGCGAAGAACAUGAGGUGUAUUCGGACGAUGGAUACAUGCUUCGUCUACAUCGGAUUAUACCCCGGGGCAGCAAGCACAAGUCUGUGUGGGAAGAGCUGGAGCCAACUAAUAGACUUCAGCGCAAGAUUCCGUUCCCUGUGUUGAAGGAUCUACCUCAAGUGACUGAGGCGGUUAUUAGUUACGCCACCCAUCCUACGAGCAUCUUGGAAGGUCCACCAUCUCCGCCGUCGACCUCCUACUCUCCUCCUGGUGGAUAUGGAGCUCCACCAAGCACGGGCACGGGUGGAUGGUCUACUUCACCAUUAUCCUACUCUAGCCCGGCGGAAGGAGAUGGAUAUGAACCUCAAAUUCGAAUUUUCUCCUCCUCGCCUACCGGUCAAUUUACAGAUGAAGGCUCGUACCCUACUCCUGGUGAAUAUGGAGCUCCGUCUUCCUCCAUCUCCCCACCAGGCACAGGCACUAAUGGAGAAUCAACUUCAGCAUUGUACUACUCUACCUCGGCGGGAGGCGAUGAAUCUCGGAUCACUCAUUCCUCCUCCUCGCCGGGUGAAUUCACAGACGCAAGCACGGGCGCUGAUGGAGAGUCUACUUCACCAUUGUCCUACUCUACCCCGGCGGAAGGCGAUGGAAAUGAACCUCGAAUUCCACUUAACUCCUCCUUGACUACAGGUGUGAAUUCACCGGUAGUCUCGUACCGUCCUCCUGGUGGAUAUGGAGCUCCGUCUUACUCCAUCUCACCACAGGGCACGUGCACUUACGCAGGAUGGACAUCACCACCAACAACUGCACUCUCCCCACUUGUUGCAGAUGGUGGAUCGGGAUUCGGAGGCUCUCCUCCAUCGUCGAGUUCGAGUGCUGAAUGCCCAUCUGGCUUGUCCUCGCCGAUUCUUGCAAAGGGGCGACCCAAAUCCAACGAUGGCCCAGAGCAACCUCGGACUCGUACCAGACAAGCAGGCGUCGUCGAUCGGGGCCCGGUUCUGCUCAUGCACCACGAGCUUCUCAACGGAGAAAGCUGGUUCACUUCGGUGUACCCCGGUAACGACACUCUGCUGCCGUUCAGCCUCGUGGACCAGGGCUUCGAUGUGUGGAUCGGCCACGAGCGGGCGACGCUCUGGAGCCAUGGGCAUAGGAGCCUCACUCCUGACGAUGACGAAUACUGGAACUGGUCUUGGGAUCAGCACGUAGAGCACGACGUGCCGAAGCUGCUGACACAUAUCCGCGACGAGACCGGCUCCAGAGUUCACUACGUCGGCGUUUCUCUGAGCGCUGCAGUGGGGGCGGCCGCGGCCACGAACGCCGGAGUCGCAAGUCUCAUGGAAUCUCUGACUAUGAUAGCUCCCGCCGUCUAUCGGGGAAAGACAACUUCUGCUGUCGUGCAAGCCUGGGAUCCCGUUCUGUCUCGCUCGGCGUCGAGUAUGAGCGACUACGAAUGGCACGACAGGAGGCUCCAACCAUUCUCCCUUCAGAGGGAGUUCCAUGUGGAUGCCAUUCCUUUGACGGGCCCCGCGUCUCGUCUGCGGCUAGCCAUCUCGGGACCUGAUUGCUGCUUAGGUCCCAAUGUGGUCUCGCUCGAUAACGGGUGGGAUGGAGUCACGUCGUACAAGAAUCUGGAGCACCUGCAUCAGGGAAUCUCGAGGAAUACCUUUCAGCACUUCGACUACGGGUCGGCAGCCUUGAAUGGCCUAGAAUACAACGGCAAAACCGAUCCUCCGACGUACGAGCCGAAACAUAUUCCCAGCGACUUGCCCAUGUUGGUGGUCUACGGAGGGCAGGAUUCAUACUCGCCUCCCGACGGUGUGCAGGAGUUCAUGAGCUUGACGCAGAAAAUGCCCCAGUCAGUGUACCUGCCUCACUACGCUCACUUCGACCUAUCUCUGAGCCUGCACCGGGCGGACGAUGUGUAUGGGCCGAUCACAGCGUUUCUUCAAGACCAAUACGGACAUGAAGAACCCUACUACCCCAGUAGUGAUAGUAAGCUGUGAUAUAUAUUUAAAUCAGCUGCAGCUGUUGCCGGAUGCAUAAUGCUGUCAUGGACUCGGACGAUUAGUCCGAGUAGUAGUAGUACAUAGCUUUAGGUCUUGUACUAGUAUACAGCGGUACGUGCAGCAGCUUCAGCUGUUGCCCCUUUCCAUAUUCAUGCGGAGAUAGCCACAAUUUACUUGUUCACUCUACGUAAAAUCAUGCUCUAACGGGUCAUGUACCAAUUCACAUUGGUCGCUGUAUCCAUUCAGAUCAUGUGCACUGGUCUUUCGAACCUUCAUGAAAGUCAUAUAAAUGUCCCGUAUCUAUCUAUCUUAAAGAUGUGAUCGAACUCAAAAUUAUUCUGUUG